AUGAGUGAUGUUGUGGAGUAUUGCAACAAGUGCCUGGAGGACGAGGAUGUCGUCCCAGACGCCAGGGAGGAGGAGGUUAAGACGGCUGUCAACUACAUGACAUCGUGGAUGAAGAAUACCAAGGCUGCUUUCGAGACGCAGUCGUGGGCCAAGAAGAAGCCAGCUUUCGCCCGAGCCAGCUCGGGCUCGAGCCAGUUUUUGCUCAAGCCAGCCCCAUCUCCGACGAAACGUUCAAGCUCCGAUGCGGGCGAGAACGUCUCCAAGAGGUCGCGCGCAUUGGCUCCGCUGAUUGCCUCGUUUAAAGCGUCGAACGCGGCAGUGAUCGGCAUUGCGCGCUGCUUGAAGGAGCAGCCAGAGAUCAUUGACGACAUGACGAAGUGGAGGAUCAGAAAGGCUAACGAUGAAUUCGCAUCAGCAUUUCUGGAUGCGCCAAUACAGCUGAACUUGGCAAGCGGCGCGGCCUUCGACAUGCCCGUCGUCAAUUUCGCCAGCCUCAUUCAACGCUGCGCUUCCGAAUCUGCGAGCUUCAGGAAUUUGCUGCCCACAGCUGUAAGAAAAUUCCCGUGCUCCCCAGCGGCGCCGCGGGACUUCAUCUUGCACUUCGAUGAGUUCGUGCCAGGCUAUGUCUUGCGGCAAGAUAACAAACGCAAGCCGCCCUCGUCUUACGGGAGCUUCCGCUCCUUCGGCCCUGACGCGGUGUCGUGCGAGGGCGCUUGGUUGCCUCUCGCUUUUGUUCGCCACACAGUGGUCGAUAAGGUUGCCGGCAAGAUGUCUGGGGUCGUUCGCCAACUGUUGCGACGACUUUUUAUUGGCCCAGACAGCGCGUCGCAGAGGGGCAUCCUCAUUGAUGGCAUUGGACCUGGCGGCGCCCCUGCGCUCAUCUUCUUUAAGCUGUCGAACCUGCUUUACGACGAAGAUGGCGCUAAAAAUGCCUUGUGCUUGAAGGGCGCCGCUGGCGUAAUUCCUUGCGCUCUGCGCAAGAAUGUGCACGGCAUAUGCGACCACUCGGAGCCCCUGCUGUCAGCGCAUGACAGGACGAGCACGCCGGUGCCCAUUUCGUGCUCUGAUCCCAACCUGUUCGACGCGCGCGCCGCGGAGGACCUGUUCUUCUCCGCGGACCUGCCCCAGCGUCUGCAAGCCACGCUGCCCGAGGGCGCGUUCGAGGAGCAAUGCAAGAUGCGCGGCGUUAAUCACGUGCCAUAUGGUUUGCUAUUGGACGCUGGGCUUCGCCAGCACGUGUCGCUGGACAUGCACGCGUACGACCCAGCACACUGCAUGAUCAUAAAUGGGAUCGCUCAGAUUGAACUGAGUGAAUUUCUGUGCCGCCUCGCUGCCGUCGGCCUGACGUCGGAGCGCUUCAGGGACAUCGCCAGCGCGCAGUGGCAGACUUGCAGCUUUUCAGCGACCAGCGGCAUGCUGGAGGCCAACAGGCUUUUCAGCGACCAGCGGCAAAAGCACUUGCAGACCGGCAAGAAAUACAGCGCCAAGGCGAGCGAGAUCAGUACCGCUCAUUCGGAGCUGGCCUCCUUUGCCGCGCUGGCCAAAUCAAUUUUUCUGUAUUUGCUGGCCAAGAGGGGCGCGGCUGUGGCAGAUGCUUGGGCCGUGGCGAUCCGCGACCACGCCGUGGCUUUCGAGUCUGCGCACGGUGAUUGCGGCAUGUACAUCCCGAAGUUUGAUUUCUGCAGGCACCUGCCGCGACAGCUGCUCAGGGAUGGGUUCGCACUUGAUACGCUUGUGACGGAGAGGUACCAUUAA